AGUACGUCGGUAUUAUCAAAAUGUUGUGCAACCGGUUUCGUUCAAUAGUUCAAUUCCGGGCGAAUCGACGAGUAAGAUAUCCAAAAAUUCUACCAUGCAAUAGAAAAGUCCAUAAUUCGGAUGGGAGUAUCAGCGAGAAACGGAUUCGGAACAUCGGCAUACUGGCACACAUUGAUGCUGGCAAGACAACAACCACAGAACGCAUGCUUUACUAUUCGGGGCGUACGAACAUGCUGGGAGAAGUACAUCAAGGCAACACGGUUACCGAUUUUUUACAGCAAGAACGGGAACGUGGGAUAACAAUAUGUAGUGCGGCCGUUAGCUUUGACUGGAAGGACCAUCGUAUCAACCUGCUUGACACACCUGGUCACAUCGAUUUUACGAUGGAGGUAGAACAAUCCCUCAGUGCAGUGGACGGUGCGGUGAUCAUCCUGGAUGGAUCGGCCGGUGUGGAAGCUCAAACUGUAACCGUAUGGGGCCAAGCCGAUCGGCAUCACUUACCACGGCUUGUGUUCGUAAAUAAAAUGGAUAAGGAAAAUGCUAACUUCGAAGCGUGUCUCGAAGAGAUUACAAAAACGCUUGGUGCUGUUCCUAUCCCUCUUCAAAUGCCACUAAAGGAAGGAAACAAAUUGGUAGGCAUAAUCGAUGUACUCUCAACGACUAAGAUAAUCUGGGACAUGAAAAGCAAAGGGCGAUCGUACCAGGCUGUUCACAUAAAUCAGGAAGAGCAACAGGACCAGCUACAUGAACAACUGUAUGAAAUAAUAGAUACAUUGUCAGGAUUGGACGAUAAUCUAGCACAGGCGAUAAUAGAAUCAAACAGUCUGGAAAGCGUUAAACUAAACCUAGUUCUGGAUGCCAUUCGCAAUUGUACUUUGAAACAGCAAAUUGUUCCGGUGUUGCUUGGUUCGUCGUAUAAAAACGUUGGCGUACAACUUUUAAUGGACAGUGUGCUGAAUUUUCUCCCAGCGCCGAAUGAACGAAACCAAUGUUACGAUUGCUUUGGAAACAAUUUCGUCGGAAAAGUAUUCAAAGUAACACAUGAUAAACAACGAGGACCAAUCACAAUGAUCAGAGCAUUUCGGGGGACAGUAAAAAAAGGCUCCAAGUUCGUCACAGCUAACGGUACCACUGAAACAAUCCAACGUAUCUAUGAACCACUGGCCGAUGAGUUCCGAGAGAUUGACUCUUUUGCAGCAGGAAAUAUUGGUCUUUGCGCUGGCCCAAAGUCAACUGUUACGGGAGAUUUAUUGGUUGCCAAUGCAGCGACAUUGAAAAAGGCUCUUAAAAGGCUGGUUUCUGCCGUAGGUUCUACGGAUGACGAAAGUGAAAUUGACACGGAACAAAUACUCACAUCGAAGCUUGGUAUCCAGACGACCGUGCCGGAUGCGGUAUUUUUCUGUUCGAUCGAACCACCUUCCGCCGCACAACAAACUGCACUAGACAAUGCAUUGCGUGAAAUUCAAAGAGAAGAUCCAAGCUUACGAGUGCGUUACGAUGAAGACACAGGACAAACCGUUCUCGGUGGGAUGGGUCAACUCCAUCUAGAGAUAGUAAAAUCACGCAUUUUAACUGAGUACCGCAUCGAGGCCGACCUUGGCCCAUUGCAGAUUGCCUAUAAGGAAACGCUGCUCGAAUCACAGCGGGGACAGUGGACGGCAGAAAAAGAGAUUGCCGGUAGUAGACAACUUGUACAGAUCGAUGCAACUAUAUUCCCUAGUGCCAAGGGUAACGAAGAAAGGAUAGUUCUCGAUAAUUCAGCUGAGGCGCAAGAAAAUCUGAAGCUUAUACGCCCGAGGCAAAUGGCAUUUUUUCGUAAGGGCGCCCUUGGUGCAUUGCAGCGUGGCCCAAAACUGGGAGGGCAAUUGGCGAACUGUGCAGUAAAACUGCACGCACUGACAGUCGGAAAGGGUACGACUGAUACCUUUAUUAUGGCUGCAGCAGCACAGUGCAUCUCAAAAAUUCUAUCUAAUGCGGAGUGUCGUCUGCUGGAACCGGAUAUGUUUCUUGAGAUAGUAACAAUCAAUGAAUACGUUGCUCCUAUCGUGGCGGAUCUAAGCCGAAGGAGAGCUCGGAUCGAAGACAUUUCACCACGUGGAUCAUGUAACAAGGUUAUAAAGGUGAAUGCACCACUUGCAGAGCUUGGUGACUACUCGACGGUGCUACGCACGAUUAGCAGUGGUACCGCAAGUGUAUCCAUGGAACCUAAUGGUCAUUCAAUGUUAAACGAUUCGAACGAAGCGCUAGUCAUGAGGCGUGUCUUCGGAUUGGAAUAAAAUGAGCUACUACAACACGAUUAUUGUAUCUAUACUGCAAGACUUUUAUAUUCAUGUGAUUAUCGAGAUGUGCAUGAUAAGCCCCUCGAUCGAUCGUCUCAAAUACCCGUUUGCACGUUAAGCCUCCUCGGUUUUGGCCUCCAAUUCACGCUCCUUAUCCGUACCUUCGAAUAUAGCCUGCUGCUGUAGGGCUCGUUGCAUCUGUGCCAUGUCAAAUUUUUGCUUGGACCAGUUGUACCGGCAUGGAAUCCAGUAUCCCACCGUCGUAGCCAUAAACGU